CGUGUGUGUGUGUGUGUCGGGAGGGUUGGACCUCAGGCGACCAAUGAGAGCGUCUUCUGAGGUGCCUGGCGUGACAGGCGACUUGUUGUGAGCUUAUAUACUCCGCGUAUCUCCACAAAGGUGGAUUUAAAGCGAACUGUGUGGAGGAGAGCGCGAGACGGGAGUGAGAGACAGACACGCGCACGCACAACAACAUUUAAAGUUCUCCCGUCGCGGAUCAAUCACUGACACGCGGGCGUCUCUUUUUUUGUGCUUUUGAGUGAUUCUCGGAAAACGAGCCCGUGGAGAUGUCCAACGUCCAGUUAUCGUGCAGCGCGCUGGAGAGGCUCGUGGCCAGGAGGACCUUUCCACUCCACAGACGCACCGGCGUCUGUCGCAACCUCUUCGGACCCGUGGAUCACGACGAGCUGAACCAGGAGAUGAAAAGCAAGAUGCGGGAGAUAUCCGAGCGAGACCAGCAGAGGUGGAACUUUAAUUUCGAGACCAACACCCCGCUGAAUGGAGAUUAUGAGUGGGAAGAGGUUCCCGUGGAUAAGACCCCAGUGUUUUAUCGGGACUCUGUACAGAACGGCAGGACCCGGGUGCCUGCGACUCCCACGAAGCAGAAGCCAGACACGGAGUCGGUUUUGCCGGAUACCCCUCGCAUGGAUGUACUGGAGCGCUUGGCUGCGCCCGAGAGCAGCGGCAGCGGCACCGGCACCGGCACCGGCAGCCCGUCUCCGGCGGAGGUCAACCAGGAGAACCGCACAGACAAGCUCAACUCAGGGAGACGGACCCAGCGACAGGUCCCGUGCGCUCGACAGAAGAGGACGACGUCCACUGACAACAACACGCACAUCACAGACUUCUUCGUGAAACGAAAGAGGCCUGCCGACAGAAAGCCUAAUGACGUGGGAGCCUGCCACCUCUCCAAGUCCCCAAUCCCCGUGGAACAAACCCCACGCAAGAGAAUCCGUUGAAGGUAAACAGCUUUAUUCUAGUUUAUAAACAUUAUAAUACUUAGGAUUUAAUAACAUGGCAAAAACAGUCGUCCCGUUUUGAAAACUGGUUUAACAUUUAAAUAUUUAGCAUCUAUUUACUGCAUCUGUGUGUUUUCCUCUUACGUUGGUUUUGUGCGUUCGUAGUCGGCGCAGUCAGGCUCAUGUGAGACGCGGUGGGGAGUUUGUGGUGGCGCAAUCGUGGUAGUAGUAAUAGUAGUAGCUGUAGUAACGCUGCUGGUUGGGGGAGGGGGAUGUGCGUCACCGUGUGGCGGGAAAGCGCUCGGUGACGCCCGCCGCAGAGGUUACGUCUCCUGUUUCCUCAGAAAGCUGACUCGCGUCCUUCUUCCAAAACGUCCGUUCCUCUUUAACUCACCGCGUCUCUUUUUUUUCCCCUCCGCAGAUUCUUUUUUUUUUUUUUUGCACUAUUUAAUUACUGCGCAUUUUCGGGGGAUCACGGGAGCAAACGUUGGCUCUCCCCGUCCCCUGCGCCGGAGCGGGAGACGCACCGGGAGCGGAGGAGGGAGCCCCACCGAGCGGCCGCCUUGCGUCGGUGCGCCGCGGCGGAGCGCAGCCUGGACGCCGCCGCGGACUCUCAGGUUCAGGCCUGGUUCUUAGGGAGCGGCCGAGGGAAUGACUUCUAUCCAGUACAAUGUAGCAUCCAUUGUUGCUUUGCAUACAGCCACUCGACAGUGUUAAAUGUUUUAACAUCUGUGCAAUCCUAAAUUACUUAAAGAAUUGUCUACACUGGCCAAAAGUGUACAGCUUUAUAUAGACAAUAGCCUAUAAAUGUUUAUUUCUGUUCAUUUCUUAUUUGUUUCUGUAAAUGUAUAUUUUAAGACUAUUCUAACUUAUAAUUUAUUUAUGUUUUUUAUUUGUUGAAUGCCUUGUUGGUUUAGCAAAAGGCCUUUUUUAUUUUAUUAUUUACAUUUUUAUUGUGAUGUUUUGCAAUCAUGUAGCUUCUCCUUCUUAGUCCACACUUGAAAAUAGUGUUUGCGUCUGUGUGUUUUUUUUUUCCUGAGCCGUUUUUCUUUGUGGUUUCAUAAGUGCCCUGAUUGUGUCUUGCAAAAAGAUUAGAAUAAAAUAUUUUUCACUUCAACCGUAUGAAA